AUGGUUAGACCAUCCAGGCAGCAGCUUUCACGUCUUAAUAAUUUAAACAAGGCCAGGAAGAAGCAGAAAGAGGCUUCUACCAUCAAAUCACCUUCUCCACCAAGCUCUGCCAGCCCGGAAGGGAAGAAUACACAAGAGGAUGAUGGAGAGAAUGUAUCAGAAGAGGAGGAAGGGGAAGGGGAAGGGGAAGGGGAAGGGGAAGAAGAGGAGGAGGAGGCUGGAGAUUUUGUGCAAGGAGAAGAAGGUGAAGAGGGCGGAGAAGCAGAUGAAAAGGAAGCCGAGGAAAGUGACCAGCACCUUCAAUUUAAUGAGGACACACUCCAGGACUAUGUCGAGGUCCUCAGAAAGGCACAAGAGGUCUAUACAAGAGCUGAAAAAGCCCAGAAAGCAUUAAAAAAGCGAAAGAGCCAUUACACAAGAAAUGCGCUACGAACUGAGCAGAAGCGAAGAAAAGAUCGCAGAGAGCUGGAGGAGAGUGGGCAGCCUCUGAUUUAUCGCUUUUUCCAUCCCAAGGCAGCACAGGAUGACGACGAAGAUCUUGAGCCAGAAGACGAUCACAUACUCGAUUUCAAUG